CUUUUACGUUUAUACGCACACUAUCAAUCAACCAAAAAGAAAAGAAAAGAAAAAUCGAAUUAAAUGAGUGAAAACAGUGCUACCAUCCGUAGGACAUUUUGUCCCAGACUUUUACUUCUACAUGUCGCAUAUUUAUUCUCUUUUAUUAAUAUUAUAUAGAAUCUAUGCGUUGAAUGUUUUGCUUUCGUCGUUGUAAAUAUUUUUCUUUUUUUAGUUGAUCUUGCACAUUUUUAAAAAUAGAUCACACGCAGAGAGUGUAGUUUUUUGUCGCUACAUAACCCAGCGGCUGAUUAAAUAUAGACAGGUCCCAAAAUUUUCUAUGUAAAUCCGUUUUUAAAAGUUGUGUGUGAAAUAUUCGUAGUUUAGCUCUGAAUAAAGUUGUCUUUGAACAUUCGGUAGAGGAAAUGAUUUCCAUUUUUUUUUUUGAAACUUUAAUUACUCAACAAAUUUUGGAAGUGUUCUGUGUCGUUAAGUGAUUAAUUACGUCGAUUAACUGGCCAGUUUAAGUGUAUUAUGACAACAGGUUCAUUGAUUGUAAUAUAGCGCGUUGGUCACUCGUAUCAAAAUAGAAUUUCGAUAAAAUUUUUUUUUUUGAUCUACAAUUAUUCAAAAUAAGUUUGUCCAAUUAAAUCAUGCGCUAGUUUUUCCAAUAAAGUUUAAAUUCGGUUCAAUUGUUAAAUCAAAAUUGGUGAAAUUUUCUAAGUCAGUAUUUACCAAAAUAUCAUUCGGAAACUACGGAUGAGUGGAUAAUCAAUAUAGAUUUUCAACUCAACAAAAACAAAAGAAAAAGAAAAAUCAAAUCCGAGUGAAGGAGGAUGAUGUGUUAGUUUGAAUUGACUCCUUAGUAAUUAAGGAAAUCGAAGUAAUUUUAUUUAUAUGACUUGAGUCAUACACACGAAACUGAUUCAAAACGGAAGUCGAACACAUGUGAACGUUUGAAGCAACGACAAAAUGGAGCUGCCGAUCAUUUUGUGUGUAUUACUUCACAUAACCUCAUUUCAUACGGUUUUUAUGGCAUCAGAUGGAAAUGACCAAUCUGGAGAGAACUCGCCAUUACAUGAUGCGGUAGUCGAUGAUAAUUUUCUGAAUGUGAAGAAGCUGAUAAGUAAGGGCGCUAAUAAAAAUGCAAAAAACCACUUUGAUAGGACGCCACUUCAUCUGGCAGCCGAAAGAGGUUUUGGAAACAUUGUCAGAUUGCUUGUAGAUAGUCACGCAGAAAUUGAUACUAAGGAUAUGUAUGGCAAAAUCCCACUAUUUUUUGCCGCACAAAAUGGGCAUGUGGAAGUCUUCAGAAUGUUGUUGCAAGAGUACGAAGAUAGGAAAAUUGAUUACCUUAACGCUACAGACAUGAUGGGAAUGAGUUUACUUCAUUAUUCGGCUAUGAAUAAACAGCAGAAUAACACCGAAAUUCUUCGAAUUUUAUUACGGAAAGGCGUGACUGUUAAUGCUGUAGCAAGAGACCAUACAACACCACUCGUCUAUGCUGCUACCACAGGUAAUCCCGACAUGGUGCAAUUGCUGCUAGAUUCGGGAGCUGGUGUUAAUGUGAAUCUCAGAGACUCAACUGGGGAUACUCCCAUAAUGUAUGCUGCCUACGGAUCAGGAGAAGAUCGCCUAAAAGUUUUUCAACUCUUGUUGAAGAAGAACGCCGACGUGAAUAACGUAAAUAAUCUUGGUGAAACGACUUUAUUUUUCUUAGCUCGUUUUGGUGGCGACGAUCCAAAGCUUGCUGAGUUUCUCAUCCUAGGUGGUGCUCGCAUUAACGAUGCUAAUAAGGUCGGUGAGACACCACUUCACUAUGCAGCAAGAUCUGGCUAUGUACAAAUUGGCGAAAGUUUCAUCAAAAAUAAUGCCAACAUAAAUGCAAAAACCUUGGAGAGUCAGACACCACUCCACUAUGCAGUAAAAUUUGGUCAAUUUGAAUUUGCCGAGUUGCUCAUUAAUAACGGUGCUAAUACCAAUGUGGCAGAUGAAAACCAUUAUACACCGCUGCAUUAUGCUGUAAAUGCCGAACUAGGACAUCCAAAAAUACUCGAAUUGUUGACCAAUGGCGUCGAUAUAAAUGAUGCCAAAAAGGACGGGAAGUCGUUGCUUCAUUUGUCAAUCGAAAAGGGUGGAGACAUGGACACUUUUAAGUGGCUGCUCGAGAAAGGCGCCAGCGUAAAGGCCACCGACAGAGACGGUCGUUCGAUUCUUCAUGCGGCUGCUAACUAUGGUCGCACAGAUAUCGUAGAAUGGUUAAUUCAGAACCACCAUCCCAUAGACGAGAUUAUUAACAAACCGGACAACUAUGGAAAUACUCCACUUCAUUACGCGAUACGCGGAAGCCAUUACGAACUGACCAAGAUUUUGCUUAUCAAUCGGUCCGAGGUCAAUGCCAUGAACAAUGAUUUUGAAUUUCCUAUGCACUUGGCUGCACUUUCAGGGAAUGAGAACGUCGUAAAGCUUUUGAACAAAUACGAUGCAACGGUGAACGUGCGAAAUCGAUUUUAUUGGACGCCGCUGUUUUAUUCGGUUGUUAGCGGAAACGAGAAAGUGGUGACAGUCUUAAUCAAACAUGAAGACGAGGAUUUCAGUCUUAAUGAUAUGGAUGCCCAAGGAAAAACGGUUGUUCAUAUUUGCGCUAAAAGUGGUUCUGUGAAUAUUGGAAAGAUUUUGCAUUCCUAUGGCGCGAACGUGAGUGCCAUUGACGAGAAAGGUCGUACACCACUACAUGUAGCCGCGAAAUGGGGUAAUUCGGAUUUCGUUGCAUGGUUGAUCAAUUUACAGACGGACGUACAUAACCAACAAAACCGUGAAAUCGGUGGAAUCGAUGUUAAUGACAAGAAUGGAGAUACUCCCCUUCAUCUGGCCACCCGUUAUGGUCACGAGAAAACAGCUAGUGUGCUGAUACAGAAAGGAAGUGAUGUAAACAAGAAGAACAAAAACCAAAGCACACCGCUCCAUUAUGCUGCCGAAAACGGUUACGUAAAUAUUGCAAAAACGCUGCUGAUGCAUGGAGCAAAAAUCAAUGCAAAGACUAGCAAUAACGAAACAGCCAUCCUGUUAGCUAUUGAAAAUGGCAAACCGGAUGUUGUCGAUGAACUCCUUAGGAACAAAGCUGACACGAAUGUACACGAUGACGAUGAAAAAACGCUAUUAGAAGUAGCAAAGCAACAAAAGAACGAGGAGACCGUUAACCUUCUGACCAAACAUGACGUUCGGAAAAAAGAAGAAGCGCUCAUCUUCCACAUUUUCAUAGUCUUAAUUAUGAUAUUACUCGUUCCGCUGGUGAUCUUUAUCGUGCUGUUUUUCCAUAAACUGUGCCGAAAAGAAGCCACCGAUGGCGACACUGUUUUGAAAUUGACCGAUCUGCUGGAACGGUACAUGUUCCCGCAGAAUCAAGUGAUGUUGAGCACGCGUAUCGGUAAAGGCGUGUUUGGCACCAUUUACAAGGGAUACGCUCAUAAAAUUCUACACCAUGAGAAUGAGACGCUGGUUGCUGUUAAAGAAGUGAAAUCAAGCGGAAAAGAGGCAGACAGUCAUACUGAGGCACAGAAGAUGCUGUCUUUGGGAUCGGAAUUGAAGCUGUUGAUGCAGUGCGGAGGACAUUUAAAUUUGGUCAAUUUGCUGGGAAUUGUCGCCGAAAAUAUUGCUAAACAUGAGCUAAUGGUAAUAAUGGAAUACUGUCGAUACGGGAAUUUAAAAGAUGUACUGGAAAAGCAUCGGCAAAACGUUAAAAAUCAAAAUACCGACAGCAACGCAAUGCAGGUGUCGAAGAGUAGAAUUGCCGCUACAGCCAUUUCGGUGACACGGAACAAUUUAUCGUCUUGGUCAUAUCAAGUAGCUCAAGGGAUGCAUUUCUUGUCCGCACAAAAAAUUGUGCAUGCAAAUUUAGCGGCUCGUUCAAUUUUCCUUGCGGAUGGAAACAUUGCGAAAAUCAGCGAUUUUGGAUUAGCGCGUGCAAUGUAUAAAGCAGACGCAUACAUUGCCGAAAAAGAGAGCAAACUCGAAUACCAAUGGCUGUCCAUCGAAUCAAUGCAGAACAGAAUAUUAACAUCGAAGUCCGACGUUUGGUCGUUCGGUGUUUUACUGUGGGAAAUUUUCUCAUUCGGUGAGACACCAUAUCAAGACAUCGAAAUUUAUCAGCUAAAAAGACACAUCCAAAAUGGGCAUACUUUGGAAAAGCCAGCUUAUGCCAACGACAAUAUGUACGAAAUAAUGCAACAAUGUUGGCGCCGAAAUCCUGAAUCGCGUCCAUCAUUUGAUUCAUUGGAGAAAUGGCUUUCUCGAUUACUUUAAAAUUUAAAUUGUAAAUUUGUACUUAAUCUACGUUUGAUACAUACAUAUUUCUACUGAUCGUUUUUUAAAAUUAAAUUUGGCAUUUUUGUGUUGGUUAGUAUACAGUCGUCGCUAUUGAAGUGCAUUCGUUUCAUUUAUUUCUUUUUAUUUAAUUUAUUUUCGUUUUUUUUACUUUAUUUGUAGUUAUUUAUUUAUUUAAAACCCGUUGAAAUGCAUCUAGUAAUUUUAAUAAAACUUGAACUUUGACCUUUUGUAAAAAUCUUUU